AUGGUUCAUGCCCACUUUAGAAUUCCGUAUCCUGGUGAAAGAAAUGCAACUAACUGGGAUACUCAAACAACGGGUCCCUGUGGCGGUGACAAUUCCGUUGUUCUUCCCAGAUAUAAAUGGAAUCCUGAAGGAUCGCCAAUGGACCUCUAUAUUGAGCAUAACAAGUCGGUUGCAAGCAUCUACUUCUGUCCAGGUGAUGACUGCAGUACGGAUAAUGAUUUUAGCGUUCUCCUUUACAAACCUUGGCAGAUGGAGGCUGCUGCUAACUUCUGCAUACCAGCUUUAACUCUCCCUUCAAAGUAUGAUAUUGCUAACCAGACUGGUACUUUGCAAGUCAUUUUUGCAGGUAACUCAAAAAAAGAAGGCGAGUACACUUACAUGUACAACUGCGUUGAUAUAGUCGUUGACGAAGAAGGUCCUGUAUAUAAUGGAAGUCAGUGUUCGAAUACCACCGAUGUUGAUAUGUACUUUCAGUCCGAUAUUGACAAUGAGAUUGCUUCCACCAGAUUCGACAAUAUUUCUACCUUUACCAUCUUGGAUGCUAUGUUCUCCAAGACCAUGAACAUGUCAUCAACUACAGCAGAUGAAAUGGCAGGUAUGUCUGGUAUGAGUGGUAUGAGUGGUAUGAGUGGUAUGAGUGGUAUGUCUGAUAUGUCCGAUAUGUCUGGCAUGUCCGAUAUGGCUAGUACGGCCGAUAUGAGUGGAAUGUCUGGUAUGAGCUCAACUGCUACCACUUCAGGCACUUCCUCUUCUUCAUCCUCGUCAUCUGACGGUGCAGGUCGUGCUUUUAUUGUCGAUAGCGGAAUUUUAGCAUUUGCUACUUUUCUUCUGGCUGUAAUCUAA